AUGCAAUGCGGGGGAAAGUUUGAAAAGUCGUACCUCUAAACUUCACCGUCUUCUUUACUUUCUCGCCAACCCAAUGUAUCAGUAGUUUAGAAUCACCAUUUAUCUUUUAUCCUCUUUCUGGACACUUAAACAGCCGCACGUGGCUGUUUUCUCCCUCGAAAAGUUCCGUUUUGUGCACUCCAGGUACGACUACAGGACGCCAUCGUCAAUUUCCAAUAUGGCCGGGAUGAAACCAAGAGCUGGAAGCUACCUCGAAUUAGAAAUCCCACGAAGAAAAAACUCACUGGAUGUAGCUCCUAAUGCUGUACUUUCUCCAGUAGCAGAGUUAACAUUGAAUUUUGAGAACAGCUUAGGAAGGACUCCCAAAAGAAAGCUUUCUUUGUCCUUAAAUGAUCCUUCGACGCCAACCACGGGUUUUCAGAGGUCGCUUUCGACAGUUUCCAACGAGUCAGGUUACUGUCCCGAUUCUCCGCUAGGAUUUUUAUGUGACUCACCUUCGACGGAAAUGCUAAAGGCAAACGCCGAAAAGAAAAAGCAAAGAAGACCUUCAUUCAAGAGGUGGAACUCAUUGCCAGUCAAAACCGAAGAGGAUCCUUAUGCUGAAAACAAAGAGAACAUCGAAUUAAACUUUAAUGCAGUCCAAGAUGCUGAUAAAAAGUCUGCAGGAAGUGUUUUCACCCUGGAAAACAGAGACUUCAAGUUUGCCCGACCAAAGGGUCCAGUUGGUGGAAGGAAAUUAUCAGCUAAUAAUUUACCUGGAAGAUCUCUUUCUGAACCAUCACCUAGGGUGCAGUCACAGGAAUUGCAUAUCCCACCUUCUCCAUCUGAGUGUGAUGGUCAAGAUAGUGAAGGAGACUUUGAUUUCAAAUUAGAUGGUGAUGAUGAUGGAUUUAUUGAUGACUUUGUCCAGGAACAGUCUAAAGAGGAAAAUAGCUUAGAGGUUCCAUCUGGAAUUACAGAACUUGUUAGUGGGCCACUGGUGACUAAAGAUGAGGAGGCUGAUGAUUCAAGGAAGUCCACCAAUGAUACACCAAAGGCUUCAGAAUCUGGUUAUAAACCUAGAGACUUAUUUAAUGCUGGAAGAGACAGGGCUCACUCUGUCGCAUCAGAGAGCCCAACAAAAGAACGAUGCACAAUGAGACAGAAGUCAAAAUCUUUAGCUCUCAAGAGACCAAACCAUCCAAGAGACCCAAGUCCUAAUCUCAAGAAAAGGCUAAGGCAAAGGUGUAUGUCUGUCAUUGAAGGGGGUGUCCAUCCAUCGCGACUUGAUAUGAUCACACCAAGUGAAGGUCAAACCUGCCAAAUGCGGCGCUCGCAGUCUGCAACAUUUGAGCAUGACCUGGGAAACAUGCUGGAUGCAUCAACUAACAAAGACUUAGUUGCAGAUUUUAGUGGGCCAUACACUUUACCGUUGAUACCAGGACAACAUGAAGACUUGAAAUGUUUGUCUCCAGAAACGGUUGCACGUGUCUUAGAUAAUGAAUUUCCUGAAGUGGAGGCUCACAUCAUUGACUGUCGCUACCCUUACGAGUACAAUGGAGGUCACAUUAAGGGUGCGAAAAAUAUUUACAGUAAGGAGGAUAUUUACAGCGAAUUCAUUGAAAAGCCGAAGAGAAGUUUAACGGGAAAGAAAACAGUUUUGAUAUUUCACUGUGAAUUCUCGUCCAAGAGAGGACCAGACAUGUCUCGUUACUUGCGGAAUAGGGACCGUGAUCUUCAUUACCAUGUAUAUCCAAAGUUGUUUUACCCUGAGUUGUACCUCUUAGAAGGCGGCUACAAAGCAUUCUUCGCGAAAUGCAAGGAAUAUUGUGAACCUCAGUUCUACCUGCCAAUGUUAGAUGAGAACCACGCGCAAGACCUGAAGCUGUUCACUAAAAGAUCCAAAUCAGAGGGAAACAUCCUCUCAAAAGGGUUUCGACCGGGACUAGGAUAUAAACGAUAAAUUGCUCGGAUCUUCUUCUUUGCGGAGUGACUCUCUUAAUCAAUCUGUAAUCAAUUCUACGCAGAGCCUUCUAGCCUCUAAAUUGAUUUUGCAAUUCAGAUAACGUCUUUCCUUUGGUUUUAGUGUGUUUUUUCAGGCCGUUAAUUUAUUUAUCAUCCUGGCCCGUGUUGUUGGAAGGUUGGAUAACCCAAUCCACUGGAUAAAUUUCUGCUCAGUGGA